AUGACUGGAAGUCUGUACUGCAACGAUAUCGUCUCUCCACCUGAUGAGCUCGAAUUAUGGGAACCGAACUGGCAGUAUGCCCCAACCCCAGGAUACCUCCGCAGCCCCUACAGUACUCGAUCCACGUGUAGCCCCGACCGGUCUAGUAUACCUGAGAAUGGAUCCGAGCCAGCAAGCCAAUCACAGACAGAUACCUUCAAACUGCUUCAACUCUCUGAAUGGGAAGAGGGAAGAGACUACGACGAAGACCCGCCAACUUGUAUCCACUACUUAAUAGAGUGGCGAGUUACAGUCAACAAUAAGAUUGUCGCAAAAGACACGGAAGAGGACGUGGUUCUGGCCCCAAAUGCCUUCUGGGAAGAGACCUUGAAAGGAAAACUAGAGAAUGUCCUCCGAGGAAAAGUCUCCGCCGACCGAAGGGUCAGAGCUGAUGAUACUGCAAUUGUUGUGUCUGUAAAUGAUCGCUCCCAGCGUGACCUCACCAAGCGAUUCGACAAACUGGAUAUUAAUUGGACCGCCAUCGAGAAGAAGCUCCACAUGUGGUCUGGAGAGAAGAGAGGAAAAUCUUCCGUCACAACGAGAAUGCUUGAUGAUCGGGAUGCACAGCUUGAUGCUGAGGAGAAUUCCUGUGGGCAGCAGUCUAUUUGGCGCCGCGUUUAUAAUCUGAUGAAAUGUGCUUCGGCUUCUUGCCACCUUGGUCCUUACUGCUGGCUGGACCCAAUGGGGAAAAAGCAUUAUCAACUCCGCACGCAUCAUCUCAGACGUUUGGUGACCUACGUCGAAAAGGGUGGCGUUCUGGAGACACACAGAGACGUCCCAGAUGACAUCAGGGAAGAGCUAUACAUGGAAGAGCAGCAGAGACUGGAGAAAAAAAAGCGUAAGGGAGGAAAUAUCCUUGCGGCUGAGGCACCCUAUCCUCCCAUCAACAUUAAUGUUCUGCCAUCGCAGUCUCAUCCCUCUGGAAAGGACAUUACGGCUCCCAAAGUGGCCCUUGAGACUACAAGCUUGAAGGAUAUAGGACCACUGCACAUGCCCGGUUUCAGGGACGUAGCUGUCAAAGAAUACGGUGAGUGGCUUGCCUCGAGUGUCGAGGACGACAACCUCAAAGCAGCGUUUCGACAAGCCUGCGACGUAACGCUGUCAGAUGGUUUCGACCUUGAGCACAUCUACAAGGACCAAAACCCAGAAUUCUUUGUUGGCAAGUGGAUCAAACCUGGAAUUGCCCAAACUUUCGUGGAGAAUAUUCGUGACUGGGUUGAGAAUGUGAAGAAAACUGCGCACGUUGUUGAAGUGAUGUAG